UGAAUAGGUUGCAAAAACUUGAAGAAGAAGGUAAAAAUUGGAAAGGAGAUUUUAGUCCAUAUGCCAUGGAGUUGUAUAAUGAUUUCAAUAUCAUUGCACAAUGUUGUCAAGUUCAAUCUAAUGGAGACCAAGGAUAUGAGGUAGUUGAGGGUGAAGAUAGGCAUGUGGUGAAUCUUAAUAGGAAGAAGUGUACAUGUAGGACAUGGGACUUGACUGGUAUACCAUGUCCUCAUGCCAUUAAAGCAUAUCUUCAUGACAAACAAGAACCACUGGAUCAGUUGAGUUGGUGGUAUUCCAGAGAAGCUUACAUGUUGAUAUACAUGCAUAAAAUACAACCUGUUAGAGGUGAGAAGUUCUGGAAAGUUGAUCCUUCUCAUGCUAUGGAGCCACCAGAAAUACAUAAAUUGGUAAGCAGGCCAAAACUUAAGAGAAAGACAGAAAAUGAUGAGGCAAGGAAAAGGGAAGGGGUGUGGUCAGCUUCAAGAAAAGGACUAAAAAUGACAUGUGGACAUUGUAGUGCAACAGGUCACAACCAAAGAAGAUGUCCUAUGCUUCAAAGAUCAAAACAACCAGCCCAAGAUGUGCCAGUGUCAGCACCCCAAGCCAGUCCAGAAGAAUCUGAUAGUGUCUUCAUGCUACUCCUGGCUUUAUUGCUUCUUCAAGUCAACAGAGUAUCCAACCUGCUGGUCCUUCAAAUUCAAAGAAAAUUGAAAAGAAACCUACUGGACCUUCAAAGUCAAAGAGAAAAAUAGUUGCUGAUGAAUCUGAGGAUGAGCAACAUGUUGCACCUUCAAGUGCAGUUGCUGAUGAGGAUAGAGGUGAGCAUGAAAGUGAAGACGAGCAGACAAUUUUAAGGCCGAAGGCAAGUUCUGAAGCUAGGACUAGGCUUCAAGCUAAAAAGAUACAGAUUCGACCAACUGGUACCAGGAGGAUUGGCUUCAAAGGAGAUGACAAUGGUGUGAGCAUUCCAACUAAUCUGACAUACUCACCAAGAAAAUUGGCAUGGAAAGGAAAAGAAUCUACGACUUCAGAUCAGUUGACAAUUGAAAAGGAGAAAAAAAUUGGCAAAUUGAAGGCAAAGAGGGGUGGGAAGAAGUAGUUGCAUUAUGAAGUUGGUUUUUUGUUUUCCAGUGUUAUGUAAUGGCAUGAUGAAACUUAAUAUU